UAUAUAGUAUUAAAAUUUCAUCAAACUAUGUCCGAAAAUACAUUUUUUAUCCAGAUUACAACAAUWACCUGUAACAAUGGACAUUAUUAUUGAACAAGGUGCACUACGUGGAUUUCAAAACAAAACGCUAUUGUCGAACAAACCUUAUGUCAGUUUUCUUGGCAUACCCUACGCUAAGCCACCRGUCAAYGACUUAAGAUUCAAGGCUCCCGUCAAACACCCCGGGUGGUCUGGCGUUUUAGAAGCUGUUUCGGAAGGUGACAAAUGCAUGCAAUACGCUUAUUCGACGGACAACAUCAUAGGAAGCGAAGAUUGUCUAUACUUGAAUGUAUUAGUGCCACAGAACGAACAGAAUGGACAACUUGCUGUUAUGAUAUUCAUACACGGAGGCGCCUUCAACUUUGGCUGUGGAUCAGUAAAUGAACAUUCCCCUGAUUACUUGCUCGACGAAAACGUGAUAGUCGUCAUGCUGAAUUAUCGUUUGAAUGUUCUAGGAUUUCUAAACUUGGAUAUUGACGAGUGUCCUGGUAACAUGGGYUUGAAAGAUCAACUAUUUGCAAUCAAAUGGAUAAAAGCAAAUAUAGCUGCGUUUGGGGGUGACGCUGACAAUAUCACUAUCUUCGGUGAAAGUGCUGGGUCAGCAUCUGUUCAUUGUCUCAUGCUGUCAUCACAAUCCACAGGUUUAUUUCAAAAGGCAAUUAUGCAAAGUGGAUGUGCUUUUAAUCCAUGGGCGUUAAAUGAAAAUCACAGAAUUUCGGCCAUCAAGUUGGCUAAAAAUUUAGGAUGUUUAAGUAAUGAUCCCGAAAAAAUAGCAAAAUACUUGAGGAACGUAUCUGCAAUUGAUUUGGUGAAAGGAUCUAAAUUCAAGGAUGAAACAGAUUUUUUGAGUUACAAGUUCAUACCAUCUAUUGAGAGUGACACGGUCAGUAAUCGAUUUUUACCGGCUCAUCCCGAACAAUUAGUCAACAAUAUAACUCCCGUGCCCGUAAUUAUUGGACUUAAUAAUAUGGAAGGAAUAAUAGCAUUAAAUGAGUACAGGUUAAGUCAAUUUUCCGAUGACCGCACAACAGAUGAAAUAUCAAAACUGUUAAAAAAUCGGUACAGCACUGAAAUCAUAACUAAAAUAAAAGAAUUUUAUUUCAAUAAGAGUAAUAUUGAAUCUGAAACAACAAAGUUGGAACACAUAUGUCACUUGCACAGUGAUAUAUUAUUUGUCAAAGACUUUUAUCGCGGCUUCAAUAAUUUCUUGAAUCAAGAUGUCACACCAAUUUACAAAUACGAAUUCAAAUUCGAUGGAGAACUAAAYGCUAUCAAAAAUAUGAUUUUUGCUACAAGACCCAAUCUUCGGCACGCCAUAAAAGGUGCAUGUCAUGCGGACGAAGUUUAUUAUUUGUUCCAUAAUAAACUAUCUAGGGUUAUUCCAAAACUCAACUCUUCGGAACUCAAGAUGUGUAAGACGAUGAGUAGGAUGUGGUCCAAUUUUGCAAAGUCAGGUGAUCCCAAUUCGUCGGAUUUAAGUUUCAAAUGGAUUAACUCGAGCGCAAGUGAUCCAAAAUAUCUGUCAAUAGACGGUGACARAACAUGCAUGGUCGAAGGGUUGAUAAACAGCAACAGAUUACGUCUAUGGGAAGAUAUUUCAAAAUCCGUUGUUUAGUCUGUAACAAAAAUUAUUAUUGUCCUCAAUCGUACUUAAUUAUUUUAUAUACCUAGUACCUACACAUAAUAUAUUGCUUAAUAUAUUUCGU